AUGGAACUCCAGGAUCCAAAGAUGAAUGGAGCCCUCCCUGUGGAUGCUGGAGGCUAUAGGCAGGAACACGAGGGCUUCUUGCCAGGUGCUGCUCCUGGGAGAAAGCCAGUUCAGUUCAUGGAUUUCGAGGGGAAGACGUCAUUUGGAAUGUCAGUGUUCAACCUCAGCAACGCCAUCAUGGGCAGCGGCAUCCUGGGGCUGGCCUAUGCCACACAAACAGGGGUCAUUUUCUUCCUGGCCCUGCUGCUGUGCACCACACUGCUGUCUUCAUACUCCACCCACCUCCUGCUGAUGUGUGCUGGUGUCCUGGUGUUAUCCUGGACAGCAUCCCUGACUCCUCGCUCAACUCUAGAACCCUGGCUGGACGCCUGCAUCAGGGCAUUCAGGCCUGAGGAGAAGGCAGUGGUGGCCAUGGUCAUCUGUCUGCACAAUAUUGGAGCCAUGUCCAGUUACCUGUUCAUCAUCAAAUCUGUUAUUGGCACCUUCCUGAACAUGGAACCCGAGGGGAGCUGGUUCUUGAAGGGAAACUUCCUUAUCAUCAUUGUCAGCAUGCUAAUCAUCCUGCCCCUGGCCAUUAUGAAACCUUUGGGCUACCUGGGGUACAUCAGCGGUCUCUCUCUGACCUGCACGCUGUUUUUCCUCAUUUCGGUCAUCUAUCAGAAGUUCAAGCUUGGCUGUACUAUAGGCCUUAAUGAGACAAUAGUGGAGAGUAACGCCCACCCAGGAGCCUUUAGCCAGGGGUUUAACAGCAGCUGUGAGGCCCAGAUGUUCAUAGUCGACUCCCAGAUGUCCUACACAGUGCCUAUUAUUGCUUUUGCUUUCGUCUGCCUUCCUGAGGUGCUGCCCAUCUACACGGAGCUCUACUGGCCCUCCCAGCGCAGGAUGCAGGCUGUGGCCAGUGUGUCCAUCAGAGCCAUGUUCUGCAUGUAUAGGCUCACAGUGACCUUUGGAUACCUCGCCUUCUACAGCACCGUGAAGGCGGAGGUGUUUCACAUGUAUAGCAAGCAGGAAAAGCUCAUCCUCUGUGUGCACCUGGCCGUGCUGCUCACGGUGACCCUGACUGUGCCAGUUGUGCUAUUCCCUAUCUGCUGGGCUCCGCAACAGCUGCUUUUCCCAAGUAAGGCCUUCAGCUGGCUGCGGCACAUGGUCAUAGCCCUGAUCCUGCUUGUUUUGGUCAAUGUCCUUGUCAUCUGUGUACCAACCAUCCAGGAUAUCUUUGGGGUUGUUAGGUCCACGUCAGCUCCCAGCCUCAUCUUCAUCCUUCCCAGCAUCUUCUACCUCCGUAUUGUACCCUCCAAGGUGAAGCCCCUCUUCUCCUGGCCCAAAAUCCAGGCUCUGUGUUUUGGCAUCCUGGGAGACCUCUUCAUGGCAACCAGUCUAGGCUUUAUGUUUGCAAACUGGGUCACAGGCCAGAGUGGUGUGUCUGGACACUAA